AUGGCCCUUUCCGGAAACAACUCGCACCUCUACGCGAUCGUCGACAUGGGAAGCAAUGGCAUCCGCUUCUCCAUAACCGACACAUCACCACCGACAGCCCGAAUCAUGCCAACAGUUUACCAAGACCGGGCCGGCAUCUCUCUAUACGAUGCCCAGUUCUCCAAAUCCAGCGGCAGUGAGCGUAAAGAACGCCGAGCCAUCCCGCCAGAUACGGUUGAGCAUGUCGUCGACAGACUAGUUCGGUUCCAAGGCGUGUGCGAGGACUUCCAGGUGCCCAGUGGGAAUAUCUAUGUCCUUGCGACGGAGGCCACACGGACAGCGCCGAACUCUGAGGAUUUCAAGGCCCGAAUCAAGGAGCGCACAGGGUGGGAGGUGCGGAUGCUGUCUAAAGAGGAUGAAGGGCGGAUUGGGGCGCUGGGGAUCGCGAGUAGCUCGCGUGCUGUUGCAGGCCUGGCGAUGGACUUGGGGGGUGGAAGUACGCAGAUUACGUGGGUGGUUGCUCGGGACGGGGUUGUUCGGACAUGUCCGAAAGGCUCAUUUAGUUUUCCAUACGGUGCUGCGGCGCUGAUGGGGAGGCUGGAGGAAGCAAAGCGCGUUGGUAAGGAUGCGGAGAGGGAGUUGAGGGAGGAGAUGAAGACGAAUUUUCAAAGGGCUUAUGAGGAGCUUGAGGUCCCGGAAGACCUCAUGGACAACAGCAAGAGGGAGGGAAGGUUUGAUCUCUAUCUAUGCGGUGGUGGAUUUAGGGGCUGGGGGUAUGUAUUGAUGAAGCAGGCUGAGGUUAGCCCGUACCCUAUCCCGAUCAUCAAUGGGUUUCGGGCAAAGAGGGAGGAUUUUCACGAUACUGCUGGAGUACUCCGUGAGGUCUCUGGCUCGGACAAUAUCUUUGGAGUAUCGAAACGACGAGCAUCGCAAAUCCCAGCGGUUGCGAUGCUGAUAGAUGUGCUUAUGGAUGCAUUGCCCGCAAUCACGCAUAUACAGUUCUGUCAAGGAGGAGUCCGCGAGGGCUUCCUGUUCGACAAACUACCACAGGAGGUUCGAUCCCAGGAUCCUCUAUUAGCUGCGACUUUGCAGUAUGCACCGCCGUCCCCGGACGCUAUCAACGAACUGCUUCUAUCCGCGCUGCCGGAGCAUGCUUCUCCGAUUGAGUCUUCUCGCAUACCCCCCACUUUAUCCGCGCACUUUAUUGCUGCGCUUGCCAACGUCCUCUAUGCACAUUCUCGGGUACCUCGAGAGUCUCGCACGGCAGCUGCUUCGCACAGCACAACGACAGGUCUCUUAGCCUCCACCGACAGCAUUUCCCACGCCGAGCGUGCAAUGAUGGCGCUUAUACUUGUCGAGCGCUGGGCAGGCGAUUUGGCACCCACAGAAGAAGCUUACCAAAGGAACCUGAUGCUCUGCGUGUCUCCGCAGGAGGCAUGGUGGUGCCAGUACUUAGGCCGAGUAGCAGCACUGAUCGGCGAUGUAUAUCCCGCAGGUCGCGUAUCCGGGACCCAUUGGAGAAUCCAGCUGUGUACAGAAUGGGACCAGGUCAUCAAGAAGAAGGGCCCGCGUGAUUUGCUACGACUCAAGCUCCAAUGGAACAUAGAGACGGCGGCGACAUCGGGGGUCACAGAGCACUGGCUGCGAGACCGGGCGGAGAAGAUUGAAGCAGCGGGCAAGAAAAAGAGCUGGAUCCGGGAGUAUGGGGUCCGGCUGGGGGUUGUGGUUUGCUCGACUUAG